CGUAGUGGACACAUUAAGAUAGUGAAGACUGGCACAAGCGACACACCACACUUCCCUUCACUUCACACUAUUUUAUUAUACAAUAAACAUCAUACUAGACAGUAGAGACGUCCUGGAGUGACUCAAAGUUUAGAGUAGUAGAGACCAAUUUGAUUUAAUCAAUUAAUCUUUUAUCUAUGGUAGAGACAUUAGAGCACCUUAUACUUGAUAGUGAACGCUGGAAACUAGACAGUCGUGUACGUGAAUGGUGUAUACUGUAUUUCUUUCCGUGUGUCAUGUUCAAUGCCUAAUGCCCCUAAUGAUGCGAUGGAGAUACUUAAGUCUUACAAUAAGGAAAUAUUCAAAACAUGCCAACAGAUUUCAUGUAGGCAUUAUAGGUGCUGGCCCUGCAGGGUUUUAUUGUGCUCAACAGUUACUAAAAAAAAUACCUAGUUGUCAGAUUGAUAUAUAUGAAAGAUUACGUCCAUUUGGUCUUGUACGUUAUGGUGUAGCUCCUGAUCAUCCAGAAGUAAAAAACGUUAUAAAUACAUUUACUAAAACUGCAUCAAAUGAAAAUGUCCGAUUUAUAGGCAAUGUCUCACUUGGCUCUGAUAUUUCUUUGGCACAACUUAAACAUUCCUAUAAUGCUGUAGUAUUAGCUUAUGGUGCCGACGAAGACAAAAAAUUAAAUAUUCCUGGUGAAAAUGUAUCCAAUGUUAUAUCAGCUACAAAAUUUAUAGGAUGGUAUAAUGGUUUGCCAGCAGAUAAAAAUAUUAAAUUAGAUUUGAACGUUGAACAUGCUGUUAUUAUAGGACAAGGAAAUGUUGCUUUGGAUGUUGCAAGAAUAUUAUUAACACCAGUUGAUAAACUGAGAAAAACAGACAUCACAGAAUAUAGUUUAGAGACUUUAACACAAAGUAAAGUGAAAAAAAUCACUCUUAUAGGUCGUCGAGGUCCUUUACAAGUAGCAUUUACUAUUAAAGAAUUUAGAGAAAUGUUGAAAUUACCUGAAGUAAGCACAAAUUUUUAUGAAGACCAAAUUAAUGAUAUUGAUAAAAUCAUUAGUGAUUUACCAAGACCUCGAAAACGAUUAAUACAACUCAUGUAUGAUGCAUCACAAAAAACAGAAGUUCAAGAUAAAUUAUUUGAUUUAUUAUUCCUGCGAACACCUAUUUCAAUAAUAGGUACAACAAAAAUUGAAGGAAUUAAACUAGCUGUAAACCAUCUAAAAGGAGAAAAUGCAGUGGUUACAGAUGAAAAAUAUACAUUAAAAUGUAACAUAGCAUUUCGCAGUAUUGGGUAUCGAAGUGUUCAAGCAGAUCCUGAUGUACCUUUUGAUAAAAUAUCUUCAACAGUACCUCAAAGUAUAGGUGUUUACAGUGUUGGUUGGUUGUCUUCAGGACCUGUAGGAGUGAUAUUAUCCACUAUGAGUAAUGCUUUUCAAGCAGCUUCGUUAAUCGGCCAACACUUUGAUAACGGCUUACUUAGUGAGCGAAAACCUGGGUAUAAUUAUAUUUCAAAGAUAUUAGAAAAUAAAGGCAUAAUUACUGUUGAUUGGAAUGGAUGGACAAGAAUUGAUAAAGUUGAGGUUGAGAGAGGAAUAAAACAUGGUAAGCCAAGAGAAAAAAUUGUUGAUGUUGAUGAAAUGUUACAAAUUGGAGGAAUAUUAAAAUAAUCUUUUAAAAACAUAUUCAAAAUCUAAUUAAUUGUAGUAAUGUUUAGAUAAAUAAAUAUAAAUAGUUCUAAGUAA